AUGGGUAUGAUAUCAAGAGUACGUGGUAGAAUAAGAAGUGAUUCUUUCUCGAAGAUUCAUAACAACAAAUCCGAGGACAAAUUAGCGAACAUUGUGUGGCUGAUCUCGUUAGUGUUAGUGCUGCCAUACUGGGCACCACGGGGACUGCUUGUGGCGCUGGGAGGCGCGUGGCUGAUGGCAGCUUACACCUGUCUGGUGCUGCCCGUUUUAAUAUCAGCGAACUACCGAUACCCAGCGAGAUGGUACCCGGCCGUCGCGAAGUUAGUUCGGAGACUAGCCCGUCGUCUUCGAGCCCCAACAGCGUGUUUGUUGGGUGUAUUGAAGACCGCGUACGCUCCAGUAGACCGAGCUGAAAGACUGUUCUUGCAAAUGAAUAAUCUAUCAACUAUGGUCAGCCAGCUGUUGAUAUUUACAGCCUGCGACAGACUCCUCGUGUUGCAAGGAAGGCUGACGUGUUUAUACUCGCUGAUGUUCUACAACGUGGUCACUUAUUCCGUCAACUAUGUGAAAGAAAUCUGCACCAAAGAAGACUGGUCUCCAUACGUGAAUGUCACUCGACACUCCCGCGUCAAACACCUGGCAAUGUCUGCCACCAAGAUCGUGUUAGAAUGGACGAAAGCUGUUACCUUCAUAGUGACUAUGACAUUCAUUCUUCUGACUCUUGGACUUGAACAGGGCUUGGAGUACUUCCGUCCGACGACACUUUAUACGCUCAUCACUGGAACAUUCUAUCUUCUUUCAGAGAAGACGUUUCUAGAACUAUGGCCGCUUGCGUUAUCUGCUUUGAAAUUGGAAAGUCUUGAGGGUAUGGAGGUCUUGUACUGCGGGGUCUGGUCAAGAGCUAUAACUACAAUGAUAGCGGUGCCUUUAGUCCCAGCUCUCGUGUGGCAUGAGAGGUUUAGGUUGGCGUUACUAAUACUGUAUAUCUGUGUCAUAGUCCAUGGAAGGCAUAGGUUGGGCGAAGAGUUGAUGAAGUUGAACGAGGCUCAAGGCUCUCUUGCAAGAUUUAGGCGUGCGACCGCCGAUGAAAUAUCAACGCUUGAAGAUGUUUGCGCUGUUUGUUUGGGGACAAUGAAAUCAGCUCGGGUUACGCCCUGUGCUCACUUCUUCCACGCUGAUUGCUUGAGGAAAUGCUUAGCAUCGUCAGACAGAUGUCCGAUAUGUGUUAGGGAAUAUGUCUUCUGUUGA